AAAAAAGAAACAAAAAACAAAGAGGCUGUAUCGGGUAACUUAUAUUCCUAAAGUUGCCAGCGUUUGAAUUCAGAGAAAAUCUGUUGCUCAAAGGAUGGCUUGCCUGCACGAUCACGAUUGCGCCGACCAUAACUGUUCCUCUGAUUGGUCUCUCUUCAAGCAUAUCGACCUUCCAAAGGUGUCUGCUUUGAAUGAGGCUGUCACGGGAAGUGUCAAAUCAGUUUUUAAACCAUGGGAGCAGCGUUUGAAUUCUUCGGAGGGCCACUUGGAAAGCAAUGAAGGUGAUCCUGAACUGAUUGUUUUCAUUCCGUUCACAGCAGAUGUUAAAAUCAAGAGCAUAGCAAUUGUUGGUGGUGCUGAUGGAACAAGUCCAUCUAAGAUGAGGGCAUUCGUCAAUCGAGAUGGCAUUGAUUUUUCAGAUGCUCAAUCUAUGCAAGCGAUUCAGGAAUGGGAUUUAGCUGAGAAUUUGCAAGGAGUUUUAGAGUACCAGACGAGGUAUUCCAGGUUUCAAAGUGUGGGAAAUAUCACUUUGCAUUUCCCUGAUAAUUUUGGUGCUGAUACAACACGAAUACAGUAUAUUGGCUUGAAAGGAGAAGCCACACAGAUGAAGAGGGAUGUUGUUGCAAAUAUUGUUUAUGAGAUUAUGCCUAACCCCUCUGAUCACAAGACUCAGGCUGAGACUGGCGGAGGCUUUUCACAUGUGGAAUAAGCUGUGAUAUAUGCAGCUCUUAUGAGUAUAGUGCUUUCUCUAUGAUGUACACUGUGGUAGAACUUAUAUAAACUCAAAAAAUGCCCAGAUUAGAUAAUUUACUGAAAGUUUCAUUAACUUCCCCAGACCCCCUUCCCCCCUGCAAUAUAUGCCGAGGAAUUAUUAGAUAAUUUACUGAAAGCUUAAUUAACUUCCCCA